AUGCCUUCAACUCUCAGUAUGAUCGAGAUACCUGCCCUUGCCAAGGUGACAUGCGACCUAUACAACCAAUGUCAGAUCAUCGCAAAGGAUGCACCUACAGGGUUCCAAAAGCUAAUAAUUGAGCUGGGCUCGUUACAAGAAACAUUAAAGGCCCUUGCCCACUAUGUGAAAUCCAACGAAUCCUUCUUCGAGAAGAUGGAUAAUGAUCGCAAGCAGACGUUCGAACGAACCCUCGGCACUUGUCUUGCAACCCUACAGCGAUUGAAAGAGCUCCUUGUCAGGCUAAAAGGAUCUGAAACUGGCGAUGGAAAGGGGUUCUGGCAAAAGAUCAAAUGGACGACACAACGAACGCAGAUUGAAGAUACCAGAUCCAAGAUCAUGGUGCAAACUUCCAAUCUGAGUCUAUGCAUGAGCUCUAUAGGACAUGCCUCGCUUGCUCGUAUAGAGAAACCAAUAGUUCUGGCGAUGGGAGAGGAUGAAAAGAUUGUUCUCAGCAGAGGGGCAUCACCUGUUCGGGAUACAGACUCUGUUGUCUCACCGAUGAGCCCAGCCCGGGGUGUGGUGGAGCUACCAGCUAAUAACGAAGAGGAAUGCGAAAUCGAUAUAAUCCAGGAAGUCCGUACCAGAAUGUCGGAGUUGGCUAAUAACAGGAGCUCCGUCGGUAGUAGCAGCAAUGUCAAACAUACAUCCACAUCCUCCGAAUCGGCGAUAACUCAAUCCGAUGAUUCGCUCUUCGACACUACUUCGUCGACUUCUUGGUUAUCCUUGAACACAUCACCAUUUCUACCUACUAGGGGCCGAAUGAAUUACACACGGAUGAGCAGUGAGCAGCUCCUUUUUGGCGGCUUGAUUGAUGGUCGGACACUUGAUGGUGGAAUACGGGCGAACGAUUCUGACCUGGCGGAGAAGCAAGUUGUACAUCACAGUCGAUCCUACUCGGAUUCUGACUACGUCCAUCCUCACGUUAUUGAGUCCGUGACAUCCGCUAUGAAACAUCUUCAUGAUGUUCGGCACCAGGAGCAUAUCUCAAGGCCCAUACGUUUUGAGCCGCAGAACCAACUACAUAAACCAACCGCGGAAACUUUGAAAAUAUUUGAGGCAUCUGUGAAUGACGGAUUGCAGAUCACAAGGCUAACUACAAGGGAUUGGCUCCGAAUGGCGACUUGGUGGUUGUUGAAGGCGAGCUAUCCGUGCACGCGCGACUUUGGCAAAUUGCAACAGACAUCACCAUCGUAUCAUGACCUCCUCAAGGCUUCAUAUAUUCUGUACGAUAUCGUUCUGGAGGAAGAGGCCUCUUUUUUCCCUUUGCUUGAUGAGGAUCGCAAGUCAAUUGUCGAGCUUUCUGAGGCCAUCAAUGAGGAGCUUUCUCAAUAUACUUCCGUCGACAUUCCCGAACCGUCGAGUCUACACACCCAAAACCUUGCCAUCUGGGAGCCCAUGCAGCCGGAGGAAAUCUGGGAUGGCGCCAUCGAUUUAGAUCUUGGCUUGGAUAAUAUGCGCUGGAUUGCGGUCGAUCUAGAGGAUGCAGGGAGCGAGCAGGAAAAGGUCCUAUAUCGCGCCUUUGUAAAUGCCGGCAUCGGGGGCAAAAAGUCUCGUAUGCGCACCAAGGGUGCUCCCUAUAUGCUGUUGUUGGCAACGCGGGAAGGUGAAAGCGAACCAAAAAUUGUUCUCUGCAACCAAAGUGGCACUCUGUGUCUUGAACGAGACUUCGUACUGGAUGACCUACCGCCCCUUAUCCAAUUAUCAAAUGCCACUUUAACUGGCUUCCCUGGUGCCCGAGUCUCCGAACCUGUGCCAUUCAAAUUUGAGGAUAUGAGCGUUUCGAUAUCAUUUCAGUUUGAUGCAGAUCUCGCACAAUUCAUCAAUAUCCCGAAAACCUACUUUGAUGCCGUGUGGCAAAGAGAACCAAUUGAUGCAACCGAAUUUACCGAGAGCGUUAUUUUCAACACCUCGGUGGAUAUGUUCGAGCAGCUGAAUACGCCGACUAUGAAAUCAAUGAACCCUCCUAUCGUGGUGAAAUCCUGCGAGAUGCGCAUUCUGGAAAGGUCUUUUGGGGAAGCCUGGCGGUCUAUCCGACGCAUGGUGAUCACUUCCUCUGCUGCCGAGAAGUCUCCAGGAACGAUGGAAUUGUUCAUGCCUCUUAGUGGAGCUCAGAUUAACCGAGGAAACAUGUCCCGCCAGGUGGUCUUGCAAUGGUCCGAUACAUGCCAGGCGCGAUCUGACAAGACUGACGGCAAUUACAACACCUUGCACUCCUACGUGUACGAUGACACUGCGCCAAAUAUUGGCGUCGGUCUGCAGUUCCACUCACCUCAAAAGGCGGAAGAGUUUGAAAAAGCCGUCCUAGAAAUGAACUUCUCUCCGGAGUUUUCCUGGUCUCAGCCCAAUAGCUCCGGUCUCACCUACAAUGUGAUUGAUGCCGGCACUGAGCACAAGCAAUACAAAGCUGUGCUAGUAUUCCAAACUCGUUCAUCAUGGAGAUACUCAGACUUGUACUAUAUUUAUCGUGACGCGGACUAUAUAUACGACCACUCCUCAUUCAGUAUCCAUUUCCCCCGCAUCUACUGCACAGACUACAUUUCGACGCACGUUGACCAGCUCUACCACCCAGAAAGCCCUGUCACAUUCUCUCACUGCGACAAAAAGACCAGCCAGACAACCAUUGAGUUUGGCAACAACCUUGUAGCCCGCACAUUCCUCAGCUCCCUCUCUCCUCUGUACGAACUCCUCUACUCCAGACGUAUCCAGUCCCUUUCACCGAAAAGCAAUUCGCUCUUUGGGUUCCAAGUGUCAGGGAAGCGCAGAGCCGAUAUCCAACUAUGGCGUCGAGGAACGGCUUUCCAGCUUGCGGCACGAUGGGAUGAUUCCGUGCCGGACAAGUGGCUUACCAUGUCUCUUCCAUCCGAGUUCAUCGAUUUCUCAAAAGACAAUACCCGCAUCACCCUUCCUCGUCUUCCAUACUUGCGUGGUAUGGCACUUGAUAUGAUGAAUGUCAUGGCUCGGAGCCCUAAGAACUCCAGUGCCAAAAACAAAGAGGGUGCCAUGUCGAUUUCUUUUCAAACAAGUGAAGGUUAG